AUGGCUAAAGUGGUGGAAAUAGCGCCGUCUAGCAUUGUCUGUCCUGUUAUUGAGGACGUUCAGAAAUACGUUGCUGAGAAAGGAGGAGUUGGACCAGCGGUUCAGUCGGUCGAGGAUACUUAUAAAAAUUUGAAGUUCUUUUUGGACGUUGUUUCCCAAAGAAAAUUAACUCUAACUUCAAAGAUAGAAGAAAUCCAGUCGACUCUUAAUUAUGUCAAAUUGCUCCAGUCAAAAACAAACGAGGAGGUGAAGACAAAAUUUGAAAUUGCAAAUGGGUUGUAUCUUCCUGUCACUAUCUCGGAACCCAAAAAGGUUAAUUUGUGGAUCGGGGCUGGCGUAAUGAUGGAGUAUUCAUUUGAAGAGGCAGAGAAGACUUUAACAGACAAUACCAACGCAACUACUACUAUGAUUAAAAAGCUCGACGAAGACUCAAAUCACCUCAACGGAGAAAUUGCAAAAAUGGAGGUUUUGAUAAAAAAGAUGGUGGAUGCUGGGAUAGCCCUUCAGCUCAAAAAAUAA